AUGGACCCGAAUAUUAUGAAAUUCCUCGAAGAAGACGAGGAUGAAACUAUGCCGUCUGGGGCUGAUGUGGAGGCAUUCACGGCUGCAUUGAACAGAGAUAUUGAAGGGGAUACUUCUACAUCGCGGCUGCCGAGUUCAGAUAACGCUGAAAAAAGGGUCCGCCACCACCGCCCAUCAUCACCAGAGCCCCCUGCCACCACCUCUAUGAACUGUGGCCUUAUUGAAAGUUUGGAACUGCUGGCUUUACCGACCUUUUUCAGCUUCCGGGAGCUGGACCAGAAGCUAUUGAUUGAACCUGGCUUUCACUUCCCUUAG